GUAGCUUGCCUUUCCUCCAUCUGGGUCUGGAAAAGGCUGGUCCAGCUCUGGGAUCGGGGUCCGGAGGAGGCAGGGGUUUAGAGAGACGGACAGGGAGAGGACUCAGAGGAGAGGGAGAGGAAACAUCCACCGUAUCCAGGGGGAUUCCAUCACUCUGCUGGGCGGCGUGUGAUCGUUGAAGGCGAUGGACGGGGCUGGGAGGAGGCGUUCCCGGCUGGGGAUGUAGGGCUCCUCCACAGCCCUUCUCUCCCGUGUGCGUGCACGGCGGCGGGCCGUUGGGAAGGCUGUGCUCAGCCUUGGGGAUCCACUCAGAGAGGAGCGCUCGCUGCUUCUGCUGGGGAGCACCAGGGGCUCAGACCAGCGGCACCAUGCCGGAGGCCAACUACCUGUUCUCCGUGUCCUGGGGAUACAUCAAGUUCAAGAGGAUGCUGAACCGGGAGCUGAGCCACCUGUCUGAGAUGAGCCGCUCAGGCAACCAAGUGUCCGAGUACAUCUCCAACACCUUCCUGGACAAGCAGAAUGAGUUGGAGCUGCCCUGCCCGGUGCAGAAGUCGAGGGAGAGGAAACGGAGGCAGGGCCAGACGCAGCCGCCGCCGCAGACGCAGCAGCAGCAGCAGCAGCCGCAGGUCGGCAUGAUGACGCAGAUCAGCGGCGUGAGGAAGCUCAGCCACACGUCCAGCAUCUCUGCCGGCAGCGGAAAUCGCUUCGGGGUGAAGACGGACCAGGAGGAGCUGCUCUCCAAGGACCUGGAGGACAUCAACAAAUGGGGACUGAACAUUUUCAGAGUGGCUGAACAUUCGCACAACCGACCGCUCACGUGCAUCAUGUACUCCAUCUUCCAGGAGCGAGACCUCAUGAGGACGUUCAAGAUUCCCACGGACACCUUUGUGACGUUCAUGCUGACCCUGGAGAGCCACUACCACUCGGACGUGGCCUACCACAACAGCCUGCACGCCGCCGACGUGGCCCAGUCCACGCACAUCCUGCUGUCCACGCCCGCCCUGGACGCGGUCUUCACCGAUCUGGAGAUCUUGGCAGCCAUUUUCGCAGCAGCCAUCCACGACGUCGACCACCCCGGGGUGUCCAACCAGUUUCUCAUCAACACCAACUCGGAGCUGGCUCUGAUGUACAACGACGAGUCCGUGCUGGAGAACCACCACCUGGCCGUGGGCUUCAAGCUGCUGCAGGAAGACAACUGUGACAUUUUCCAAAACCUGACCAAGAAACAGCGGCAGACGCUCCGGAGGAUGGUCAUAGACAUGGUCCUGGCGACGGACAUGUCUAAACACAUGAGUCUCCUGGCUAACCUGAAAACCAUGGUGGAAACCAAGAAGGUGACCAGCUCUGGCGUGCUGCUGCUGGACAACUACACGGACCGGAUGCAGGUGCUGCGGAACAUGGUGCACUGUGCAGACCUGAGCAACCCCACCAAGCCCCUGGACCUGUACCGCCAGUGGACCGACCGGAUCAUGGACGAGUUCUUCCACCAGGGGGACCGAGAGCGGGAGAGGGGCAUGGAGAUCAGCCCCAUGUGUGACAAAAACACCGCCUCGGUGGAGAGAACUCAGGUGGGCUUCAUCGACUACAUCGUGCACCCUCUGUGGGAGACGUGGGCCGACCUGGUCCACCCCGACGCCCAGGACAUCCUGGACACGCUGGAGUUCAACAGGAACUGGUACCAGAGCAUGAUCCCCCAGAGCCCGUCUCCCCCCUUCUACAGCGACGGGGAGGGAGAGGGAGGCCCGCACGCCGACAGCGAGGGCGAGCCCGGAGAGACCAAGUUCAACUUCAACCUGACCGUGGACCCCGACGACAGACAGAGCGGACUCAUAGAAAGCAGAGUGAUGGACACGGCUCUCCGACGUGACUCCGGUCAGGACAGAGUAGACGUGCAGACGCACGACGUCUCCCCGGCGGAGACAUAGCUGACCCGGUGGCGUCCUCGGAGAGCGGAAACCUCUCACGGAAUUGAUUUUAUUUGCAGUGGAGCAAUCCUGCAAACCCUGGCUCUGCGGAGCCGCCUGGAUGAAAGGGUCUGACUGAAUGUGGGGCACCCCUGCGGCUGAGGCCUGGAAACCCUGUGGCAGUUUGUUUAGCGCGCCCCUCGGAGGAGCUGGAAGAGCGAGUGCUCUGUUCUCGGAGGAAGGGACUGCAGAGGCGCGGCUGAAUCUGGGCCGUCGCACACCCACAGUCUGAAAUCAGCGGUACGAAUCCAUGAACUGAGAGAAAUCCACCUUCCAAACUUGCACUUCAGGACAAUUUUGUCUUCACGUGGAACAUUUGUAAUGUCUUGAGACUGGAGAGCACAUGGAGUCCAACCAAAACUACAGGUCUGCAAGUUACUCGGAACCAAGUAGUUUUUUUGUGUUUUUUUUUUUAAAAACACUUGUAUAAAAAUAACUGGUGUGCCUUUUUCCUUUUUUUUAUGUGUUUUUAUAAUUUAUUGAACACAUUCAUGAAGCUGUAAAAUGUUUCUGAUUUUCUACAAAGCGACAUAGCUGUGUGUCACAGUCUUCCUGAUGUCCUGGCAAUAGUAUCAGCUCUCUCACUGACAUGUGUCAAGAAUCGCUCCACUUCCCAGCACGACUUGCACUUUGUGGAACACUGUAAAGAAAUGAGGAGUAGCACGGAGAGCAGCUGCAGGCCUCAUAAACCAAAUCAUCGCAACCAGUUAUUCCACAUAUAGAGGGAAUGCACGUGACGUCACAGCGGGUUACGCCCACUGAGUGUCAGAAAGACUGAGUGGCAGCGUAAACUUUCAGUUGGAGCACUUAAAAAACAUCUAAAAUGGGAAAGAGCUGUUGUGCGAUCGACUGUUCUCAUAGAUUUAGCAAGAAAUCUGAGUUAUCGUUUUACAGACUGCCGAAAAGUAAGCUUAAGAGAGACAAAUGGAUCACUGAAAUUCACAGAAACAACUGGAUUCCAGGCACCUAAACGUGGAUUUGCGUUCCCAUUUUGUAACAUUUUGUAAUGUUGGAUUUUUGGGUAGCUACACUGCAAAAACUCAAAAUCUUAACAAGAAUAUUUGUAUUUUUUCUAGUUAAAAUGUCUCAUUUUUAGUCAAAAGAAAUCUCAUUACACUUAAAACAAGACUCAUCACUGGAAAAAAACAACAAUUCUCA